AUGGAAGGUUUAGAGGAUAUGUGGGGGCACCUUAGCCUCACGGAGGAAGAGGAAGUGAUUAUUGAGGUUGAUAACGGUAGCGAAAUAGAGAUCCAACGGAAGGGUGAGAGGAGUCUGAUCGAAAAGGUAUGUUCUGAGCGUUAUGUGGGGAAAGAGGUUAUUGGAAAUACUAUGGCUAGGAUUUGGAGGAUCAGUAAAAGGGCUGUGUUUCAAGAAGUUGAGAGAAACACCUUCGUGGUAACCUUUGCCACACACGCUGAUAAGGAAAGAGUCAUCGAGGGCAAACUGUGGCUGUUUGACAACGUAUUGUUUAUUCUAGUGCCUUAUGAUGGGGUCAUGCAACCAGGGAGGAUUGCUUUUGACUAUGAAACGUUUUGGAUACAGAUUCACAACCUGCCUCUAGGUUGUAUGUCGAUGGAAUGGGGGAAACGGAUUGGUGACUCAGUAGGGAGAUGCAUGGAAGUUGACGUGGAGAGUGACGGAGUAGGGUGGGGGAAAUGCCUGAGAGUGAAGGUAGCUAUGCCGUUGUGCAAAGCCAUUGCAAGAGGAAGGUUCAUUAAUGUCCAGGGAGAGAAACUUUGGAUUAAUUUUCGCUAUAAGAAGUUACCAAAGAUAUGCUUCACAUGUGGAUGGAUUACACAUGGGAAGGAUGGAUGCGCGACAAAAAAGGAUGAUAACGGGAGUGAAGGUCCCAAAGGCAUGCAGUUUGGGUCAUGGCUUCGAGCUGAGAAUUCUGGUCUGCGGCGAUGGUCCCCGUUGAGCAAUGGUUAUUCCAGCAAAGGAGAGUGGGAGAAGGGCCCUGAUAUGGGAAGUGACGACGGGGAUAGGGAGGCAGAGGUCUCUGGAAGCAACAUGCCACGUAGGUGGCAGGGACAAGGUUCUGUCAAAGGGCAGUACAGACAAUGUGCACCCUCUGUAACUGAAUUUGAGGCUGCACCAAAAAAGAUAAUAGAUAUAGCAGGGGGAGUGGGAAAGGUACUAACGGAACAAAAGGAAUGCCACGCGGGGGAAUCUGACAGUGGGGACCAGGAGUGUGUGAUGGAGACCCCUCUACAGAUGCAACAAAAACAAAAGCAUGACGGGGCAACCACAGCAAAUGGGCCUGGAGAACCUGAAGAACAAAGAUAUGAAUCUGAAGGUGGGCCUGGUGCAUCUGAGAGACUGAUACAUGAUGAUGGAUUGGAAGGACAGAGGAAUGAAACCGAUGAGAGGCCUUUAGGUGUGCAAAUACCCGGCUCCUUUGUAGGCAUGCAUGAGGUAGAAGUGGUGGAGGCCCCGACACUUUCCUUGUGUUUGAAGGAAAAGGGAGUGGGAGAAGAACAAGAGAGUAGAAGGUGGUUUUUAACAGGCAUCUAUGGCUUCCCUGAGGUGGCUAGCAGACACUUGACAUGGACCCUUAUGCGAUCACUGAAAAAUGUUGACAACUUGGGGUGGUUAUUAAUUGGUGACUUUAAUGAAAUUAUACACCAAGCUGAGAAGUGGGGGGGAGUGGACAGACCAGAAUGGCAAAUGAAGAACUUCAGAGAUGCUAUAGAUGAUUGUGGUAUCAAGGACUUGGGGUACCAAGGCUGCCCAUACACGUGGUCCAAUAGAAGAGAGGAAUCUAAGUGCAUAAGUGCUCGACUUGACAGGGCCCUAGCUAAUGAAGUUUGGUGCUUAAACAACCCUUUGGCAAGUGUGAUACAUGGUUCAGUAGCCUACUCUGACCAUACUCCUUUGUGGGUGGAUACGACUGGAUAUCAAAUAAGGAGGAGGGGGCACAGACCUUUCAGAUUUGAAUCAAUGUGGUUAGGAGAGGAAGGCUGCUCUAAACUAAUCAAGGAAGCAUGGAGGGAAAGGAGCAAAGGAGAUGGGAUAAAGACUUUGAUGCAAUGGACUCAAAAGGUGGGGGAGAAACUGAAAGUGUGGAACAAAAAAAGCUUUGGUAAUGUAAAAUUCAAACUUGCAGAGGCAAAAGAAAAUCUAUGUUAG